AUGCCAGGCGAUAAAAAUUCCGACACGUCAGCGACAAAACGGCUGCGCCAAGUGUCGGCGCAUCUAAAUCUCCCUGCAGAUUAUGCUGACGUGCGUGAACAAAUUAAGACACUCCAAUCGAUCGCAGCAACACCAGAUCCGUCCCGUCGGGGUUACGUCCGACAAAAACAAGCUGGUAAAUUAUGGGUACGCGAACGGCUUGAGCAGCUUCUAGACGCGGAUAGUUUCGAGGAAAUCGGAUCACUGUCUGGAACGGUAGAAUGGAAGAAAACGGGGCCAAUGAGGGAGAAAGCAGUUUCUUUUGUCCCUAGUAAUAAUGUCCAGGGCAUGGGGAAACUUCGCGGUCGACGUGUGCUGUUGACAGCGGACGAUUUCUCUUUACGCAGUGGGCACGCAGACGGCGCAUCGGCAGGGAAGACCAUCUACCUAGAGAAACUGGCGGUAACGCUCAAGUUGCCCGUGGUUAAACUGGUCGAUGGCAGUUCUGGUGGAGGUAGUGUCACGACGAUUCGAACGGAAGGCUGGAGCUAUCUUCCCUACGUGCCGAUGUUUCACCAUGUCAUCCAGCAAUUGAAUGAUGGCAUUCCGAACGUCGGUGCGAUUCUGGGGCCUGCGAUCGGACUUGGAGCUGCCCGUGUCACUUCGUGCCAUUUUUCUGUAAUGGCCGCUGAUGUGGGCGCCCUAUUCAACGCCGGUCCAGAGGUAGUAAAGGGCGCUACCUUCGAAGACGGUCUAGGUUUUCAAGACUUGGGCGGACCUGCGAUUCACUGCACCAACGGAACCAUUGACAACAUGGCUGCCAAUGAAGCUGAAUGUUUCGAGCAGCUUCGAACAGUGCUCAGCUAUCUCCCUAACUGUGGUCGAUACAAUGCACCACCGGUACUUCCCUGCAAUGACCCAGAGGAUCGGGAAGAUGAAUCCCUCCGUCGAAUUAUUCCCCGCAAGCAAACCCGAAUGUACAACCCCUGGUCGAUCAUCAAAAGCGUUGUCGACCACGACUCGUUCUUCGAAAUUGGGCCUCUCUGGGGGCGCACUGCUAUAUCAGGAUUGGCUCGUCUAGGCGGGCGUCCUGUGGGAAUUAUAUCGCUAAACUGCGAAGUUAACAGCGGCGCCCUAGACGCGGCAGGAAGUCAGAAGCUUGCUCGCCUAUUGAAGUUGUGCGACGUGAUGAACCUUCCGGUUUUGCAAUUCGUCGACGUCCCCGGGUACGCCAUCGGAACAGUAGCCGAACGAACCGCAACAAUGCGCUGGGGCGUCGAACUAGCAAAGGCGUAUUUCAGUACUACAAUCCCUAUCUUCAGUGUGAUCACCAGGCGCGCAUACGGUGUCGCCGGAGGCGUCAUGCUAGGCGCACGAGAUCCCCAUAUCCAAGUCGCGUGGCCGUCCGGACAAUGGGGGUCUCUCCCUCUAGAAGGCGGUAUUGAGGUCGGACACCGUCAUGAACUGCGCGAGGCAGAAAAGCAGGGCAGGAAGGAAGAGAGAUACCAGGAGUUAGAAGAGGAGUACCGCCGGUUGAUGAACCCUGUUCGGACGGCGAAUGCCUUUGGUGUUGAGGAGAUUAUUGAUCCGAAGGAUACACGGAGCGUGGUUUGUGGGUGGGCGAGACAUGUUUAUAAGACGUUGGUGCCGAUUAGACUUACCGACCGGGCGGCUGGGAGGAUUCAUCCUACAUUUAGCUGA